GGCAGGCAAAAAGGAUGGCAGGAAGGAAGGAAGGCAGGCCGGCAGGAAUGAGGCAGGAAGGACAGAAGACAGGAAGGGAGGCAGACAGGAAGGUAGGCAGGAAUGCCUGCAGGCAGUCAGGAAGGCAGGAAGGCCGGCUGGAAGGCAGGCAUGCAGGAAAGAACUCAGGAAGACAGGAACAAAGGCAGGCAGGAACGCAGUCAGGAAGGGAAAAAAGAAGGCAGGAAUGAAGCAAGGAUGGAAGGAAGGUAGGCAGGCAGGAAGGCAGGCAGGCACGCAGGAAUGCAGGCAGGAAGGCAGGCAGGAGGGCAGAAAGAAAGGAAGGCAGGCAGGCAGGAACUCAGGCAGGCAGGCAGGCAGGCAGGCAGGAAGGCAGAAAGGCAGGAAGGAAGGCAGGAAGGAAGGCAGGAAGGAAGGCAGGAAGGAAGGCAGGCAGGAAGGAAGGCAGCUAGGAAGGCAGGAAGGAAGGCAGGAAGGCAGGAAGGAAGGAAGGAAGGAAGGAAGGAAGGAAGGAAGGAAGGAAGGAAGGAAGGAAGGAAGGAAGGAAGGAAGGAAGGAAGGAAGGAAGGAAGGAAGGAAGGAAGGAAGGAAGGAAGGAAGGAAGGAAGGAGGCAGGAAGGACAGAAGACAGGAAGGGAGGCAGACAGGAAGGUAGGCAGGAAUGCCUGCAGGCAGUCAGGAAGGCAGGAAGGCCGGCUGGAAGGCAGGCAUGCAGGAAAGAACUCAGGAAGACAGGAACAAAGGCAGGCAGGAACGCAGUCAGGAAGGGAAAAAAGAAGGCAGGAAUGAAGCAAGGAUGGAAGGAAGGUAGGCAGGCAGGAAGGCAGGCAGGCACGCAGGAAUGCAGGCAGGAAGGCAGGCAGGAGGGCAGAAAGAAAGGAAGGCAGGCAGGCAGGAAGUCAGGCAGGCAGGCAGGCAGGCAGGCAGGCAGGAAGGCAGAAAGGCAGGAAGUAAGGCAGGAAGGAAGGCAGGAAGGAAGGCAGGAAGGAAGGCAGGCAGGAAGGAAGGCAGCUAGGAAGGCAGGAAGGAAGGCAGGAAGGCAGGAAGGCAGGAAGGCAGGAAGGCAGGAAGGCAGGAAGGAAGGAAGGAAGGAAGGAAGGAAGGAAGGAAGGAAGGAAGGAAGGAAGGAAGGAAGGAAGGAAGCAGGAAGGAUGGAAGACGGGAAGAAAGGCAGACAGGAAGGUAGGCAGGAAUGCAUGCAGGCAGUCAGGAAGGCAGGAAGGCCGGCUGGAAGGCAGGCAUGCAGGAAAGAACUCAGGAAGACAGGAACAAAGGCAGGCAGGCACGCAGUCAGUCAGGGAAAAAAGAAGGCAGGAAUGAAGCAAGGAUGGAAGGAAGGUAGGCAGGCAGGAAGGCAGGCAGGCACGCAGGAAUGCAGGCAGGCAGGCAGGCAGGAAGGAAGGCAGGAAGGCAGGAAGGCAGGAAUGAAGGCAGGAAGGAAGGAAGGCAGGAAGGAAAGGAAGGCAGGAAGGAAGGCAGACAGGACAAUAGGCAGGAAUGUCUGCAGGCAGUCAGGAAGGCAGGAAGGCCGGCCGGAAGGCAGGCAUGCAGGAAAGAAGUCAGGAAGACAGGAACAAAGGCAGGCAGGCACGCAGUCAGGCAGGGAAAAAAGAAGGCAGGAACGAAGCAAGGAUGGAAGGAAGGUAGGCAGGCAGGAAGACAGGCAAGCAGGCAGGAAUGCAGGCAGGAAGGCGGGCAGGAGGGCAGAAUGAAAGGAAGGCAGGCAGGCAGGAAGUCAGGCAGGAAGGCAGGCAGGCAGGAAGUCAGGCAGGCAGGCAGGCAGGCAGGAAGGCAGGAAGGCAGGAAGGCAGGCAGGAAGGCAGGAAGGAAGGCAGGAAGGAAGGAAGAAGGCAGGCAAGAAGGAAGGCAGGUAGGGAGGCAGGAAGGGAGG